CCAGCUGCUCUUGCGUCGGAAUGACGAUAGGUGUCCUGCUAAUGGAUUCUACAACUACGAUGCCUUUGUUCAAGCGGCGAGGUAUUUCCCUGGUUUUGCCACCACUGGUGACAUUACUGACCGUAAAAGGGAGCUUGCUGCGUUCAUGGCUCAAACAUCGCAUGAAACUAAUGGUGGUUGGCCAACUGCAGAAGACGGGCCUUACGCAUGGGGUCACUGCUUCAAGACAGAACAAGGCAACCCUGCAGACUUGCCUUCUUACUGUACUACAAGUGCUGAGUUGCCGUGCGCUCCUGGCAAGAAAUAUUAUGGACGAGGCCCCAUCCAAAUUUCACACAACUACAACUAUGGUCCUUGUGGAGUAGCCAUAGGGGAAAACCUCACGGGUAAUCCUCGAUUUGGUGGAGAAUGACGUAGUCAUCUCCCUCGAAUCACAAUUUGGUUACGGAUGACUCCUCAACCACCAAAGCCUUCGUGCCAUGAUGUCAUCCUCGGGAAAUGGGUCCCAUCCCAAUCGGACAUGUGACCCACAGGGUCCUGGUUAUGGGGUCAUCACAAACAUCAUCAACGGAGGAUUGGAAUGAGGCCAUGGACCUGACGAGAGGGUAACGAAUCGAAUAGGCUAUUACACGAUGUUCUGCAAAAUUCUAGGUGUUAGCCCGGGAGAGAACCUGGACUGCGGCGACCAGUUGCCUUUCGGCCAAGGCCCCUUGUUCAGCUCUAUGUAGAAUAAGCUAGUACUGAUCUUGUAAUACUAGUUUUUAUAAUUUCUCUUUAUAUGAAUAAUCGUGGGCAUGCGACGCUAUGUUAGAAAUUUUAUGAAAAAUACUUGAUCACGAACCUUAUCGGAAAAUACUUGAUCACGAACCUUGCAGCAAUUCUUUAAAGCU